GUCGAUAUAGUUAUCGUUAUGGUUAUUUGUAGUUAUUGUUGGGGUGAACAGACUUUUAUCAUUAUAGUUGAGUUUAGAAUGAUCAUUAAAACUCUAUAGUUGUCGUAUAGUUACCCUCCUUGGUGUGAAUGGGUGGUUCACAUGCAUAAAUCAAAUUCAAAGUCUUCCAAACAGCUUUGUAUAUAAUGCACGUUUAUAUUUUUUUAAUGAAUUUUGAAUUAAUAUUGAGAAUGUAUAUUUAUACAUUUAUGCUAUUUAGUGCACACUCAUUUGUCACUAAUUGUUUAUGUAAAUAGCAAUACUUAAAUACUUAAAAAAUACUUCUUUUUUUUUUUUACACUUGUAUAUGGUAAUGAAUAGGUUUGAUGAGGCAAAGGAUGGCAAAACAUGUAGGCCUACAGAUGUCAAUUUGUGUUACACAAGGUGUGAAUUACUUUUUUAUUGUAAAUCUUAGUUCUUAUAAAGUUGAUGAGAGAUGUGGGGUGUCAAUUAUGCUUUAUGAAGAAUGUACUAUUUUCUAUGCCCUUUUUAAUGCUGUAAAAUCACUCAGCCCCUGUUUCUCUCUAUCACACACUCCUAAGUGACAUAUUCAGUUGUGUUUCACCUAGGUAUCUGUAGAUGAGAAUUAUACUGGUGGUCUUUAUUACAAAUCUAAAAGUCAAUCUUUAUAAAAGUAGCUCUUUGUGAGAUGCUUUGGCUGGGACAGCUGGUAGUUAAAUUCUUGUAUGUUUCUGCAUGCUUUCCUGAUGUAAUGCUCUAUAUUUAUUGCUGUUGUUGAAAUUUUGUCUAAAAAUACAGUUUUCUUAUAAAAAAUAAUGGCACAAUUUGUAGAUAAUGAAGUAGCACAGAUGCACUUCAUGUGUUAUCAUGAUGAGGCAUUAAAGAUAAUAAACUACAGUGACUGUACUAUAUUUGUGAAAUAUAGAUGUGGUUUAGAUUGAGAUUUAAUCGCUGUGACUGUUUAAAGGGUUUGCUACAUGGAAUUUAUCUGGGUAUUACAGCUACCUUCUGUAUCUUCACUGUAAACCCGAAUAAGUUUGCAAAACUCAAAAAAAAAAAAAAAAAAAAAUUGAGGCAAUCGGUUACAUCAAAAUUUUUAAGUUAAGAAAUUCCAAGUUUAACUACGCAGAUUUUUAUUUUGUACUCAUACAUUUUAAUUGUUCUUAAAUUGAAAUAUCUAAGUAAACUAAUUCAUACAUUUAACUUAAAAUUAUCCUGCAUGCUGGGAAAUAGAAAUCCCAGUCCAAUUUCAGUCAAACUUAAGUUUGUCUAAAUUAAAAGAAAUUAGUUCAUAAAACUCAAAACAGUGAAAGAGUUCAGUUUACUUAAAAUAUGUCAGUACUGUGAACUCGGAAAAAAAAGAAAGUGCUAAAUAUUCAUAAAAGUUAAUCUGACUGAACUAAUUAGUUUAAUUUAAGUUUGUCCUAAUCAAACCAAUGAAUUAUUUUGAGCGUUGGGGUUUACAGUGUUUGCUGCUCUGAAAACUCUCUACAUGCAUUCAAGAAAAGCAAUCAUUCCCUUUAUGUGGUCAGUCAAAAAUAGUUUCUCUUUGCAUGUGGCCAUCAUCUAUAUUAGUUGCAUGUUUGAGACAACAAAGACAAUUACAUCGGAGUAAAAAUAGCACAUGAAUGAUUUAUUCAAGGAAUUGUUUCUUUUCAUAAUUUUACAAAAAUUGUGCUUAGUGAUACUUAAGUGUUGAUACAAGAUUUUUAGUGGGGAUGCUAGUGCAGGAAUUGUUCUGUCCUUGCCAUUCAAGAUUAUAAAAUCACAACUUCAAAGUAGUUUAGAUGGUGGCUGGUAGAGUUUUAUUUGUUGCAUGCCUGCCUCUGGGGAGUCUGUUUGUAUUUUGGUUUAAUUAGUUAGUUGUCCUUUUGCUAGUGCCUUUUAUGAUUCACAAAAUGAUACAAGACACCAGUUUGGUACACAUUUUGUCAAAACACAUUUUUAGCACUUCCAGUGUUUAUGUAGUUACUGUGUUUUGACUAGGGUAGAAAUGCAGCAUUGGGUACUAAACACUAUUCAUCAAGACAUUUAGGGAAGCUGCAUAUUCAAAACAUUGCUCAUACCUGAUUUGCAUCUUGUGAUUGUCCUUGCUGAAUAUUAUUCAACUUCUUUGCACAUUUGACUUCAUAAUAUUGUUAAUAAUUUGAAUUCAUAACAUUGUACCAAAUUCCUUUGUAUAUUACUGUAAUGAGCAGACCUUUCUCAGGGGAGACCCUGUCAAUAUUUCUCUUUCCCUCUCUUCCUUCCCUUCCCCCAAUUGUUUUGAAUUCUUUCUACUUUUUCCUUUCUUUUCCAUUUGUUCCCAUUUGAUACCCCCACAACACACAGAGUUAACUUUUUCUAUUUCUCCAUCGUUCCCUUUUGCUAUGAUUCUCUCUCUUUCCCAUUUCUCUCUUUCUGUAUCUUUCCCCCUCCCUCCUCUCUCUCUUUCUCUCCCCUCCCUCUCCUGUUCUCUUUAUCUCCUCCCCUCUCUCCCUCGAUUUCUCUCUUACCAUUUGCUCUCUCACAAUACCCCCCUCCCUCCUCACUGGCAAAGGCUUCUCUUCUCCUCCCUCAUCCCUCCAUUUUCUCUUCUUUCACAAUGCUUCUCUCUCUCUCAGCCAUUUUAAAUGGAGGUAUAUCUACUUAUCUUAAAUCCAUUAAAAAUAAAUACUCAAUAAUUGUGAAUUAAUGUAGAAUUAAGGUGUAAUUAUAUCCCACAGUUAUAAAUUAACUUUAAUCACUAAUGAACAAUGAGCCUCAUUCAUGAAAACAAGUAGAAUGAAUUUCUGUAGAUGAAUGGUUUAUAAAACUGUUCAUCCAAAAGCUUAAAAAUGCUGCCUUUGGAGGAUGCAUUCCAAGGUAGGAAGGCAUCAAGGCAUGUCCAAAUCUAAUUUUAGCUUCAUCUCCUGAGAUACCUUCAUUUGAUUGAUUUUUGCAGCAUAGAUGUAUCCUUUGCGUCCUUUGAUAUCCCACGAUUCUGUGCGUUCCAUUCUGUGACAGUUGAGCUAAAAAAUAAAGAUGGCGUCUGAAGGUUGCGGUUGGUGAUCAGUCUGUGUGUAAAUGUACGUUUUUGGCCAACGGUUUCCACUUUUAAUGUCAUUUCUAGUGAGAAAUCCCUAUUGUAGUAAUUAAAUAUUUGCUUAGUUUUCACAAAAGCUCUCUCAUUUUUUUUUUUUUUGUUGUUGUUGUAGAUCAUUAAACUGUUAUGCUGCCUCAAAAGUCUGUCCGAAAUCAGUUUCGAGAGGUACCUUUCGUGUGCAAACACUGCCUGCAAAGUCAUUGCCUAAUAGGGCAGCGAGGUUGCAAAGUCAGCUGCCUACGUUUUUGGACACAGCAUAGCACAGCUUCUCAUACCUUGUUGCUAAAUUGUUUACUUAUUGUGCACUAAUUGUGGUUUGAAUUUAACUGGAUGUAAAAAAAUGUGCCAAAAUCAAAAUCUACAUCCUGUUAUUAGUGAUUUUGUCCAUACCAAGUUUGUUUGUUGAAGCUGCGAUGUAACAAAUGUAGCAACAGAUCUUUUCUUCUGUAUUAUGAUGGACAUCCGAAUAAAAGGGAUUAUAAAAAAAAAAAAAAGUACGGCAGCGAUUUGGUUCAAUUCAUUGGUUGUUGAUUGGAUGGAGGCAGAUUGUAAAAAAGGGAUGGGUAUAUGCAGACCAAAUGAUUGAAGUCCAGCAUACACCACCAGAGAGAAGUCUGUCGUUUUAUUGGAUGAUCGAGUUAUGACAUUUUGAAGAACAGCGAAGCAUAAAUGCAUCAUAAUAGCUUGACAGUAAAUGGAUACUUGUGUCUGAGAACAUAAAUGCAUAUAGUGUCUGCUGAGCAUUAAAAUAGAGAUAUGCUGAAUGCUUCUGUUUCUCAGGGUACAGGCCAAAAGGUCCUUGUCUGGCACAGAGUCUCUCAGAUGCAUGUCUGCGCUCUCAGCCUCUGUUCUGUCAGCCUGCUAGACAUAAACUUGAAGCUGUAUGAUGAUUUCCUUUUUUCCCCUCUGCUUAUACAUACCCAUUUUGUACUCCUCUUUAAUUUGAUCUCAUAUCCGGAUUGUUUUAUAGAAUAUGUUUUCUAUAUUUCUUCUAAAAUACUUGCAGCUCCCAUCUGUUUUUACGCUCUGUCAAACACAUCUUUGUGUGCUCGCUGUGAUGUACAUGUAUGCCUAUAUCUUUAUGGCUGAGCUCACAUUUUCACAGCAUGAAUGUUUAUGUGCUCAAAUGUGUUUCACAAGUGUAUGCAAGAGAGAAUGUCUGAGUGAGACAGUUGGAGAGGGUAAGAGGGAAGGAAAGAAAGAAAGAAAGAAUGAAAGAAAGAAAGAAAGAAAGAAAAAGAGGGGGAGGGAGGGAGUGAGUGAGGGAAAAGAGCACUGUGUGUAUGUGUGUGCUUGCUUGCACCAAAGAGAGAGAGACAGAAAAAGAGAGAGAGGAGAGUGGGGGAGGGGAAAGCAGAGAGAGAAAAAGAGUGAGAGAGGAAAAAGAGAGCACACAUACACAGAGAACAGAGAGAGAGUACGAGAAACACAGAGGAGAGAGUGUCUGUUUUGGUCCAGAGAACAUAUAAUGUAUGAAGGGGAGGGCAGCGGGUGAAUUCAAACCUGUGACUCUGCCUCAGGAUGAGAUCUCUCAAACACCUGAAGCCACAGACCAAGAAAAAUGUGGAGGAGAAGACACAGCGGCUGGUCAGAUGUUAUUCUGAGGCCAUGCACCAGCAGAUGGACGCAGGCACACAGACAGACCCUGUGGUGGUCCUGUCUCUGGCCCAAGCAGCUGUGUUGGGACUCAUCUCACAGAACGAGGUCUUUGGCGCCACCAUCGCCCCCAACGGCUUCUACACCGGAGACCCCAAAGAGUCCCCCGCUCCGCCAGGUGAGAGAAUGGACUACGAAUACGCCGACCAGCUUAUAGGCGCCAACGGCGACUAUCUUGGAGAGAAUUUGGGCGAGGAUGGGAACAUGCACUCCAGCUGUGCCGAGAGAAGGUGGCAGGGGCAACCCGAGAACAGCAAACCCUCUGUAGAGCACCAAGACAUGGCGUCACAUGUUAAAGGAGAGGCUGUGACCCCAGGUUUGCCCUCCUGCACUCACAUGAUGAAUAACAUGGUGCCCAGAGAAGGCAUGCAGAUGGUGGACCCCUCCAGCUACAGGGUCCUGCCCAAAGCCCAACCCAACAACUGCUGCUCCACCUGCGUCAGAGACCCCAAGAGUACGCACCCUCCGACUGACCAACAUUUACACCCUCAUUCCCACAACCACACACCUCAUGAGGUUCCUUUACGCAACAGGAGCCACGCACAUGAAAAAGGAGUAGAUGAGGUAACCGAGGACAGGGACAACGGGAGAAAUGGCAUGGGGAAAGCAGGAAGCGGUGGCGAGGAAAUUAGCAGCUAUUUUCAGACUAACGAGGUUGGCUAUGAGGGCGGCGAGAUGGAAGGGGUAGGGGACUUCGAUGAGAACAGUGAGGGGAUGUUCUGGGCAGAGCCCGUGGAAGGGGAGGCCCCCCGUGGCCGCCGGAUCGACCGACUGGACAUUAACAUCCAGAUCAAUGAGUCGUACUGUGUGGACGUUGGCGAGGGCCUGAAGCGCUGGAAGUGCCGCAUGUGUGAGAAGUCGUACACCUCCAAGUACAAUCUGGUCACGCACAUCCUGGGCCACAAUGGCAUCAAACCACACGCAUGUCCACAUUGCGGCAAACUCUUCAAGCAGCCCAGCCACCUACAGACGCACCUGCUGACACACCAGGGCACACGGCCACACAAGUGCACUGUCUGCAAGAAGGGCUUCACCCAGACCAGCCACCUGAAGCGGCACAUGCUGCAGCACACCGACGUUAAGCCCUACAGUUGUCGUUUUUGUCGUCGUGGUUUUGCCUACCCCAGUGAACUCCGUGCUCACGAAGUAAAGCAUGAAAGAGGCCGGUGCCACGUCUGCUCGCAGUGCGGCAUGGAGUUUCCUACCUAUGCCCACCUGAAGCGUCAUCAGGUGAGCCACCAAGGACCUUCCACCUUCCAGUGUAGCCAGUGCAACAAGUCGUUCGCCUACCGCAGCCAGCUGCAGAAUCACCUGCUGAAGCACCAAACGCAGCGCUCCUUCUCCUGCAGUCAGUGUGGCCUGCAAUUCCUUCAACUGCAUCAGCUACGCCAACACUCCCUAACACACAAGACAAACAAGCCUCAGGCCCGCGCUACCAAGGGAACAAAGGGGUUUAAGUGUGACGUAUGUGCCCGAGAGUUUACAUUGUCUGCAAACCUAAAGAGGCACAUGUUAAUCCAUGCCAGUGUCCGGCCAUUCCAGUGUCACGUGUGCUUCAAAUCUUUCGUCCAGAAACAGACCCUCAAAACUCACAUGAUUGUACACCUGCCUGUGAAACCCUUCAAGUGCAAGGUGUGUGGAAAGUCAUUUAACCGAAUGUACAACCUCCUGGGCCACAUGCACCUCCAUGCAGGCAGUAAACCCUUCAAAUGUGCAUGCUGUUCGAGUAAAUUUAACCUGAAGGGCAAUCUUAGCAGACACAUGAAGGUCAAACAUGGAAUGGACGUCUCUCCAGAUGGACAAGAUGGCCCACCAGAAAUGGAGCCCCAUGAGGACUAUGAAGAUGAGAACUUCAAUUUUACAGCACCAGAGAAUAUGGAAAACAAUGAUGCACCGAACCUAACUAAGCUCUCUGAAGUGGCCAUCCAGGAACUUGACUAUUAUAAUUUUGGGAAGGAUGUGGGAAACUACAGUACAGCAUAAAAAUAUUUUGAAUUAAAGUCAAGCUGAAUAAAUGUUAAGGAACAAAUGGCCUGUGCUGGCACUCAUCAACCAUGAGUUGAUUGAGAUGUUCCUCCAUGAGAACCAGUGCUCACCUUUUUGGAGUUGCUCACCUUUGGUAGUUGGAGGCCAUCUUGACCUCCUGGGGUUGAUCUCAUGGGGUAGCCACUCCAGUUCUGUCUCAAAUGAAACGGAACGAUAGUUUGCAAAGAGUCCUAAAACUCUUUUCAGCUCUAACAAACAUCAACGCUGUAUUUUUAGUAUGUUGUGGAUCACAUGGUUACAUUAAUACCUGAUAAAUUAGCAUCAUGACAUGCAGGUGCAGGGUGUGUAUUAAUUUGUGUAAAUUAAAACACACCCUCCUCCAAAUAUAAUUUUGGUUGGGAAUAUGGAAAUAGGAGGUGCAUGCAGCCUUGUGGCCUUCAUCGGUGUGGUACCUCAGAGCAGUCUAUUGUAUUAACUUCAGUUGUUUUCAUUUAUAUUGCCUUCACUUACAGUAACUCCAAGAAACACACCAAGAGAUUUCUAGUGUAAAAGAAAAAACCUGUAAGGCCCAUGUAAAUGGUUGGAUAUCUGCAUGAGUAGAUAGGCUUGUGUGGGUAAAAAAAAAAAAAGUGUGAGCUUGUGCCUGGGCCCUGUGUACCAAAGCUAAAGCUCUUCAUCAGGUACAGGACCAUAUGCCCAUUCCUGAGCACCACUACUGUUGCCAGAAUUAAACUAAUCUAAAGUUUGGUUUAACAACUUCUGAAUGGAAAAUUACUGUUCCUUUGUAUUGAUUUGCUAUUUAUUUUGCACUUUGGAAAAGUCAAUUAAUUACUUAUGAUGAGCCUCUUUCAUCACUGACUGUUUGAGUUCUGGUUUAACUAAAGGAGAUAAAGCCUGUGUCACAUCCAUAAUAAACUGUUUCUCAAGGCAACUCUGCAGAUUCUUAAAUAAAACUGUUUGUUUUUUAAGUUUA